UUGAGACUUAAAACUAUUUGAAAGUUAAAUUUCGUCUUUUUUUUUAGCACCAACGCUAAGAUAGAUGGUGUCAAGGCAAUCCGUCACCAUCCCGUUCGGCUCCUUCCUGCAACUACUCCACCACCCAUCUCCUUCCCUCCUGCAAGCCCAGCAAGCCCACGCCGGCCUCCUCAAGUCCGGCCACCUUCCCGCCGACGCCCACCUAGCCACCAAGCUCCUCUCCCUCUACGCCGACCACCUCCGCUUCCCCGAUGCCUCCCUCCUCCUCCACUCCAUCACUGACCCCGACCCCUUCCUCUUCUCCACCCUCAUCUCCGCCUUCACCCGCUCCCGCCUCUUCUCCGCCGCCCUCUCCCUCCUUUCUCGCAUGCUCGCCCUCGGCCUCACCCUGGAUCCCUUCGUCCUCCCCACCGCCUUCAAGGCCUGCGCCGGCCUUCUCUCCCUCCCCCACGGCCGGCAGCUCCACUCUCUCUCGUUGGUCACCGGGCACUCCUCUGACCCUUUUGUCCAGUCCUCCCUCGUCCACAUGUACUUAAAAUGCCGUGCGAUGGUCGACGCCCACCGUGUCUUUGACAGAAUGACCCAGCGGAGCGUCGUGAGCUGGAGUGCGUUGAUCGCCGCCUACGCAAGCCGUGGGAACGUCGUUGAGGCAAUGAAGCUCUUUGGACUGAUGCGCGGUUCGGGGGUGGAGCCUAAUUCGGUAACCUGGAAUGGUUUGAUCGCCGGAUUUAGUCAUAGUGGGCACUCCCACAAGUCAGCGACUUUGUUUCAGAGGAUGCAUGCGGAGGGCUUCAUUCCCGAUAGGCCGAGCGUCUCGAGCACUCUUCCAGUGGUUGGUGACAUCGAGGAUGUUGCCUUCGGAGGGCAGAUCCAUGGAUAUGUGAUCAAAGUUGGGCUGGAAUCGGAUAGCUGUGUGGUGAGCGCGCUUAUUGAUAUGUAUGGGAAGUGCCGGCGCACGGAGGAGAUGGUCAGGAUCUUUGAUGAGGUGGGCAUGAUGGAAGUUGGAUCUUGCAAUGCCCUUGUCGCCGGGCUUUCCAGGAAUGGCCUUGUGAACAAUGCAUUGCAGGCAUUCAGGGAGUUCCAAGGCCAAGGAAUCGAUCUAAAUGUGGUGUCUUGGACCUCCAUUGUAGCUUGUUGUGCGCAAAAUGGGAAGGACAUGGAAGCGCUAGAGUUGUUCAGAGAGAUGCAAUUUGUUGGAGUGGAGCCCAACCUGGUAACCAUCCCAUGCGUAUUGCCAGCUUGUGCCAACAUUGCGACUUUGAUGCAUGGGAAAUCAGCUCACUGCUUCUCUCUGAGGAAAGGGUUCUCUGAGGAUGUGUAUGUGGCCAGUGCUCUGGUAGAUAUGUAUGCAAAGUGUGGUAGAAUAAGGGAUGCAAGGACAAUCUUUGAUGCAAUGCCAUCGAGAAAUGUGGUGUCCUGGAAUGCAAUGAUGGGAGGAUAUGCGAUGCACGGGAAGGCAAAAGAUGUGAUGGAAUUGUUUAAUUUGAUGCAAGCAAGUCCGCAGAAGCCGGAUUUUAUAACCUUCACUUGUGUGCUCUCAGCUUGUAGCCAAGCUGGCCUAACAGAGGAGGGUGAGCGCCACUUCUACAAGAUGCAUCAAGAGCAUGGGAUUGUUGCUAGAAUGGAGCACUAUGCUUGCAUGGUCAGUCUCCUUGGUCGUGCAGGGAAGCUGGAGGAGGCUUAUGAUUUAAUAAGAGGGAUGCCAUCUGAGCCUGAUGCUUGCGUUUGGGGGGCCUUGCUCGGUUCUUGCAGGGUUCACGGCAAUGUGAGGCUAGGAGAGAUUGCAGCAGAGAAACUAUUCGAACUGGAGCCAGGAAAUGCUGGGAAUUAUGUGCUGCUUUCGAACAUUUAUGCUGCCAAGGGGAUGUGGGAUGGGGUGGAUAAGGUCAGAGAUAUAAUGAAAAGCAUGGGAGUGAGGAAAAACCCAGGUUGUAGUUGGAUCGAGAUUAAGAAUAAGGUGCAUAUGAUGUUAGCUGGGGACAAAUCACACCCUCAGAUGAACCAAAUUGCUGAUAGAUUAGAGAAGCUUAGCGUGGAGAUGAAGAGAUUGGGAUACCUGCCAAGCACAGACUUUGUCUUGCAAGAUGUUGAGGAGCAAGACAAGGAGCAGAUCUUGUGUGGGCAUAGUGAGAAGUUGGCAAUAGCAUUAGGCCUUAUAAAUACGAGCCGUGGGACUCCGCUUCGGGUGAUCAAGAACCUCCGCAUCUGCGGUGACUGUCACGUUGCCAUAAAAUUCAUAUCAAGCUUCGAAAGAAGGGAGAUAUUUGUUAGAGAUACCAAUCGGUUCCAUCACUUCAAAGAUGGCGUGUGUUCUUGCGGGGAUUAUUGGUGAGCUAUCUCAAGAAUUGAGCUAAAAAUCAAAGCACUUUUGGGAUAGUGGAAGAUUCUCUGAUGCCAGAACAUGAACCAAAGGAUGGACCAAAUUUGAAAGCAGCAUAAUGUCUUGCUUCAGAUGCUUGUAAUGCAGUGGGGCAUUCUCUACCAAAGUGUUCAACUUCGAAGCCUCUUUACAGCAAAAAUUUGCGCUAUAUAAUUCUUCCAUUCAUUACUACAAAGAAAAUGAAGCUAAACUGCAAGCCUGAACAGGCCAACUUCUUUUACAGUGGAGACGGCAGCAAAAAAAUGUCUUUGAUUGUCCAAUUUUGGUUGAUGAACUUUGUUUUCAGCCUGCUUUGUGCUACUUUUGUUUCAACUAUCACCUUGCAUUGUAGAGGAAAGGUCACAGUCCGGUAGACUGAAAAAAAACAGACCUUGGCUGUCUCAACCUGUUCUCAUUGGAAAUAUUCUCCAUUGAACCAGCAUGAUGCUUCAGGCAACCUGAGAUAUCUUCAGGCUAAUUUUUCUCGGGGUCAAGGUGAUAUUGUCUAGGAAAGGUUUCUCAGGUGCUCCGCAACCACUUCUGUAGCAUGUGUUGGAAGCACUGUGUGUCGCACACA